AUGGCUUGUGAAUUCCGCAGAACUCGACUCGAGCUUAGUGAGAAGACCAUUUUGCUUGCCGAGAGCAGCAGCGGCAUUGGGUCUACGAGAGGGGAUAUGAUCAAGAUACAAGCGCCGGAGCUGUACAGAGACAGCGGCGCGUACGAGGCGAGGAAGGGGCAGUCGCUGAGGGCGCGCUACGUCUACGGGCUCAUCUUCUUCGCCACCAACCUGCUGGCCUGGUUCAUCAGGGACUACGGGGCCAAGCUGCUCGGCGGACUGCACCAUAUCCCGGUCUGUGGAGCAGGGGACUCCAAAUGCUUCCGCUCUGGAGGGGUGCUCCGGUCUGCAUACUGCCCUUUGAGUUUGUGUUCCUUUUGUUCACUUCCUUACAUCAAGCGGCAGAUAUUUUUCUGGGUGAUGUUUGCCACAACAUUUGGAACACGCAAGCUCCAGGGAGUUCGUAAUUCGUGGCAUUCUGGAUGCUGGACCCUCAAGUUUCUGGUGUAUGCCGUGUCAAUCGUCACCCCGUUUAUCAUCCCUAACAUCUUCAUCCAGCUCUAUGGUGAAAUUGCUCGAAUGGGUGCCGGGAUAUUUCUCAUUCUCCAGCUUAUAAGCAUGCUCCACCUCAUAUCAUGGUGCAAUAAACGUUGGAUGCCAGCUCCUGGAUCAAAUCAAUGCGGCCUGUUCGGAUUGUUCUUGUCAACUGUCUCCUUCAUUGCCUCAUUUGCCGGAAUCCUCGUGCUAUAUAUUAUGUAUGUUCCAAACUCAUCAUGUGUGUUCAACAUCUUCACUAUUAUAUGGACGGCAGUCCUUGUGAAGAUAAUGAUGGCGGUGUCACUGCACUCAAAGGUUAAUGCGGGUCUUCUAUCCUCUGGAAUAAUGGGCUCAUAUAUUGUGUUCCUUUGUUGGUCUGCACUACACAGCGAACCACGAACUGGAAAGUGCUACACUGAGAUGAAAAUUGGCAAGGAUGGUAAUUGGGCUACUAUAAUUAGCUUCAUUAUUGCGAUUUGCUCCAUUGUGUCGGCCACAUUUUCUACUGGAAUCAAUAACAGAUCCUUUCAAUUUCGAAGUGAUGAGACCCGGUUGGAAGAGGAUGUCCCCUACAGCUACGAGAUUUUCCACAUUGUGUUUGCGGUGGGGGCUAUGUAUUUUGCAAUGCUAUUCAUAAGCUGGGAGCUUAACCAUCCAAUAACAAGAAAAUGGAGCAUAGAUGUUGGAUGGGCAAGCACAUGGGUAAAGAUCAUGAAUGAAUGGCUGGCAUUUUGCAUAUACGAGGACAUAGUCCGGGCUAGCAUUGUUGCUGCAGUAAAACUGACGUUUUGUCCUCUGCACUCUGCAGUUUGGAGACUGAUCUCCCCAGCCCUGUCGAGGAAACAACCUGCCAAUGAUGAAGAGUCUCCCUCCACAAUAUAG